AGUUCCCACAGAAGAAGAGUGGAGCAGCGAUGGUACGCGUGAAGUCGAGGUAUUUACUGUGCGAAGUCAACGUGUCAGACCGGAGCCGCCUGUUGCUGCUGGAUGACCGAACUAUUGCGGUUGCAGUGAAGGCAGUGGUGGCCCGCACACACGGGGACUACGGAGCAGCUCUCUGCAGUGUCGGAUUCUCGGUGAAGUAUCUGAAUGCUCAUACUGGAAUAGUAUUUCUGCGUUUGCCCAAAAGGUGUUACAGACUCCUCUGGUCUGCAUUGCCUUUCAUAACUAGUGUUGAAGCUCGUGGGCAGAAGAUUCCAUGUUUUCUAAACUGUUUGCAUGUGGGAGGAACAAUUAGAACAUGUCAGAAGUUUCUGAUUCGAUAUAAUACCCAGCAGCUCCAUCGAAUGCUCCCUAAAUGUAAAAACGAAGAGGAAAAACAACAGGUUCGCCAAGCAAUUCUGAAUUGCUCCCUAACAAGAGGAAAGAAUGAAGCAUUAGAAGAUGAAUUAGGAAGUGAAGAAGAUGAAGGAGAGUGACUUCACAAUGUGCAGUAAAAGGUGGCAGCUAUGUUGUUCUCCCUGGAUGUCUGGCUCUGACUAUUUUGGUUACAAGAUUAAUAGGGGGGGGGGGCAUAUGAAGCCAUUGAAGAAAUGCAUACCCAGCUGUGUGGAAACAUGGUUCCCUGCCGCUGCUCAGCGGAUUUGUUACCAAAGAAAGAUGACUGACCUUAUGCCUGUUUUCAACAGAGGAACACAUUACAUUGUAUUUGUUUCACUUUGUCUCAUAAAUAAUUUGGGUUGGCAGGAUGACCUGAUGGUCAGCAUGAAAAUUCUUUUACAGCAAGGUGAGGUUUGUUUCCAAUGCUGAUGCUGAUUUAGUAUCUGUUAUUUGUUUUGGAUAAGGCUCAGUGUAAAUAAAACUGCAGUCGCAUAGCAAAAUAAGACUGUGGCCUAAUUCUGAAGAAAUAGUGUUUAUUUUUUUAAUGAAUUUCUUUUGUAUUUAUACUAUGUUUUGUGGUAGCUAAUCUGUAUUUUAUUUCCAAAUUAAAGAACUACUUUGGAAUCGUUUCGUUGUGGUUCCCUAAAAAAUUGACUAACUGCUGUUAAAACACUUUCAGACUAUCUGCAGCCUAUAUUCAAAACCUCACUUUUACACUAAAUUUAGUCUAGUUUUUAAAUGUUAAAGUAUUUUCAGUUGCACUACUGUCAUCCUCACUCAGAAAUAUCACAUCAUCUACAAAAUGACAUGACAGCUAUGAUAGGACUGUUCAUCAGUGAGACCAAUCAGCAUGAGAAAUGAUUCUUCGUAGAUCAGAGGCUUGUGUGUCUAAAGCAGAUUUUUUUUUAUUCACUGAUGAAUGCACAGUAAAUGCUUCAGUGCAGAGGAACUGAUUGACAAUAUGACAGGUAUCUUAAUGUCCAGAGUCUCAGACUGACCAUGCAGAUUUUAAUUUGAGCUGAGGGUGACGCCUCUAUAUGUAAUAUCUGAAUGUCAGAGAUCGCUGUCUGUGUCCUUAGACUGAUCAACCAUAAAAGAGGUAAUGUUAGUAAAGAUGGUAAGAAACUAAGGUCUAAUCGGGAUUUUAAUCUUCUCCCAAUGUACAUUAAUUAAAUGAAUGUGUCUGAUCUCCACUUUUCCACGCUAUGUCAGAAGCUGGCAGGAGGGGCGAAGACAGACAGAAACUUAUGGUUUGUUGAAGAAAACCUGCCAGUGAGGAGGUUAGCUUAACAGUAAGUUACUGUGGCAACUGACCCAGAGUUAAAGUGAUCUCAGUUUCAGGAAGGGAAAACCCAGAGAUUCCUUCAUCUCAGGAUAAAGAAACUCACUUUUCACUAAACCCACCAUCUGGAAUAAACCCCUGAUGAUCAGCAUGAAAAUCCUUUCACAGCAAGGUGAGGUUUGUUUCCAAUGCUGAAGCUGAAUUUGUAUCUCAAAUUUUUUAUUUAUUUAUUUUUUAUUUUUAAUAAAGGUCAAUGUAAAUAAAAGUGUCACAUAUCAAAAUAAGACAA